GCUCACUUGACCUCCAUGACUUCAUUCAGCUUUAUUUAAACCUUAAAUUGAAUCUCAUUUUGUGAAGUUUUAAACUGAGCUUCUGUUAUUCACUGAAAAUACGACAGAUUUAAACAGCAAACUAAGAGUUGGAUCAGAAGAACUACAAGACUUGGAAAUGGCAGCUGGACCACAGUGGCUCUGCUCGACUUUGCUGUUUGUUGUGUUCGUCUCUGCAGACCAGAAAAUCAUCACAGCUGAGUCUGGACAGGACGUCACUCUGACAUGUCGAGCUCCAAACAACAAUAUCAGAUUUGUAGACUUGAGGAGAGCUGAACUGGAAGAUGGAUUUGUGCUUCGGUACGAGAUUGGAGAGCUUGUUCAACACAUACAGCAUCCAUACUUUGAGAACCGGGUGGAUCUGCAGAACAGACAGAUGAAGGAUGGAGACGUGUUUUUGAUUCUGAAGGAUGUGACGAUUAAUGACACUGGAACAUACGAGUGUGGUGUCUUCAUGAGAGAAACACACUCAUGGAAGCUCAGCGUCAUCUACCUGGUUGUUAUUCCUCCAGACCCAAUGAUCAUCACAGCUGAGUCUGGACAGGACGUCACUCUGACAUGUCGAGCUCCAAACAACAACAUCAAAGUUGUAGACUGGAUCAGAGCUGACCUGGGAGAUAAAUAUGUACUUUUGUAUCAGGAUGGUCAGUUUGUUCCAGAUCACCAGCAUCCAUAUUUUAAGAACCGGGUGGAUCUGCAGGACAGACAGAUGAAGGAUGGAGACGUGUCUUUGAUUCUGAAGGAUGUGACGAUUAAUGAUGCUGGAAGAUAUGUGUGUUGUGUCUUAAUGGAAGAAACAUGGCGAUGGAGGUCCAUCAGCAUCAUUUACCUGACUGUUGUUGUCCCUCCAGACGAAACCAUCACAGCUAAGUGUCGACAGGAUGUCACACUGACAUGUCGAGCUCCAAACAACAACAUCACAGCUGUAAAGUGGAGCAGAGCUGACCUGGAAGAUGAAUAUGUGCUUUUGUACCAGGAUAAUAACUUUACUUCAGCCAACCAGCAUCCAUCUUUUUAUAACCGGGUGGAUUUGCAGGACAGACAGAUGAAGGAUGGAGACGUGUCUUUGAUUCUGAAGGAUGUGACCACUGAUGAUACUGGAACAUACGCUUGCCGUGUCUUCAUGAGAGAAGCGUACUUUAUGGACACCAUCAGACACCUGGAUGUUCUUCCUCCAGGUCUACAAAGAGGAUUUAUUGGAGUGAUAGUUGCUGUGCUCCUUCUUGUCACCAUUGUUGGUUUUUUGAUCUACAGAAAACAUAAACUGUCCCGAUAUUUAAAAGAGGUUCCUACUGAGAAUAUUCAGGCUCCUCAGUCUCCACAGCAGGACUGUGUCAGAGGACAGACAGAUGUGAACUAUCCUGAACAUCCAGCAGACGGACAUUAAACAUCAAUCUCUCAUUUUCUUUCUUGUUUCUCUGUUUAUCUUCAUGUUCAGGUUGACUGAGCUGCUUUUUAACGUUAUGUUUAAUUCAUCCUCUUCCCUUUAUCCUUAUCAGGGUCAUGGGGGGGCUUGAUCCUAUUCCAGCUAACAUAGGGCGAGAAGCGGGGUAGACGCUGGACAGACCUGUCGCAGUGGGACAUGACCAACAGGACAGAUCAUAACUUGCUCAUAAAAGAGCAAAUUUUACUCUGCUCUACUGUGAUUACAUUAAGCUACAGAAAAAUUGAGGUGUUCUUGCAGUCAGUGACUCUAAGCUUUAUUUUAAUCAUUUUAAUUCUCACUAAUCCACUCAAGGUUUGUCAAAGAUUGGUGGGCAGGUAUGAGAUGGACCCUAAACCAAGGAUGCACAGGACAAAACAUAAACUCAAAAGCAGCUUUAAUCCUGAGCUCUCACAAAGUCGAAAACCACUGCAGGUCAGGAACAAAGAAUCUAAAACAAGAGGAAACGGUUCCAGGAAACCAGUGAACAAGAAAGAAGACAACCAUGAGCAAAGACAAGGAGAGACUGAGAUGAUAACAAGGGGAGAGGUAGGAAAAAUCAAAACUCUGGAUCUGAAACUGUCAGACCAGUUUUAAACUAGGGCUCUCUGUUUGUUAACAUGAAUUAUCCUUAUAACAAUGCCCGUGUGAGAUCUGGGCAUGUGAAUGUGGAAAAAGCAGAGGGUGAACAUCCGUUACUUUGCUGUGAUUUCCUGUGUAUGUCUAUUUCCUGGUUUCCUUCCUCAGUGGAAACAGCUGUAGCUACAGAAGAGGCAGCAUGCAGUGUCUGAUAAUGAGAGGGCUGAUUUCUCUCACAUGUUAUGUUCACUUAUUAUUAUUUGGACGUGUUUCCUCUGAGAGCCAACGAGACCUCUGACCCUGUGUUACUGAAAUAUGUUUUCCAUAGUCAAUGAAUUAAAACAUUCUGGUAGUUUAGUUCUGAACAUCUUUUUAGGGUGAGGUUCACAUGGAAGCCUUCAUGCAGAAUUUUACCUGUAUGAUAAACGCAAAUAUCUGUAAGAGUGAGCUGUCUAUUUUUAUUGAACUUUUAUUUAUACAGGUAGUCCCACUGAAAGUCAGUAUCUCAUUUACAAGAGAGACCCGUUUCAGACAAACAUAUUAAAAUUAAAUUAUUGUUCCUUUGUUAUAACAAUGUGUGCAAGACACACGUCAUACAUAUGACGCAUUACAGGCUGGGUCCAUUUUCAACAUCUUAUCAAAACAUCCUCCACAGAGUAAACCCUCCUCCUCUCCACCCUGUCCUGACUUUCAUGGUAAUAAUGUGAGUGAAACUGCUGAGCUCUGGAGGGCUGGAUCAGGUGACCCCAACUCCUCCCUUAGGUGCAAAAGAUCUGGGCUGCUGGGGAAUUCCCAUGAUGCACUGGGUGUUUCUUCUUCACACACCAUGUGUUAAUAGACUUCUCUGCAUUUAAUCAUUACUUGUUAUAAACUGUUUAUGACCGAUCGCAGCGGGCACGCUCCGCUUUGCGUAUCUGUUUUUAAAUCCCGGUAGCACUGCAACCACAUAAGCUAGUGCAAGAUUUAUGUUUUUUUUUUUUUGCAUAUGAAACAGUAGCAUUCAGCUUGUCCUAGGUCACGGUUUCCUUCCACAUAUAGCAAAAAUGGCAUAAAAAACACUAUAUUCCAGAAACACGCUGCGCCUAUCUGAUCAGCUGUUCAUAACACUUCUGCCAUUACCUGCCAAACCGAAAUUGACAUCAUAUUUUUUUCCCUUCAGGGCCUUAUAAGCCUAUACUGGUGUUUUUAAAAGUCCUGUCUGACUUUAUGCUUUCCUGUAUAGUUUCUGAGAUGCUUAGAACUCAAAUUGCACUUUUGGAAAUGGUUUAUUUUGAUGCACAUGCUUUUUUUAAUUAUUUUUUGGCAAAUUUACAUUAUAAUAUUUUCGUUUUUCCUACAGUAUAUAAAAAUUGGUGUAUAUCAAAAAUAAAACUAUGAAGACACUCAAAAUAAAUUUCUUGUGGUUGGAAAGUAUUUUGUGCAAUUUAUGUAGUUACUAUGGACUUAAUGCAUUCAUAUUAUUAAAAUUUGGGAUAUAACGAUUGUACUGAUGUACAGUGGUCCCUCGCUAUAAAGCGGUUCACCUUUCGUGGCCUUGCUGUUUCGCAGAUUUUCUUUGUGUAAUUUUGCGUGCUCCUUUGUUUUUUUUUUCA